UUGCUCGGCGCUUUGCUUUUUUAUUGAGGGAGGAAAAGUAAACUAUUAAAAUGGUGGAGAGUUUAUGAGACAACAAAGAUUUUGAUUUUGUCGUACAACCAACUAGCUAAAGAAAUGGAAAACAAAAUGUAUAUCAUUAUUAAUGUUGGAAUAAUUAUAUUAUUUUUUACUCAGCCUUCAGUAUCGAAACAGCCUUUGAGUAAUUUUAUUCGUCAUCAUGAAAAACUAAGCUAUGACACCUCUGAUGUAAACAGGAGGUCCAGGAGAGCCCUAGAAUUGUCGCCAUUUGCCAAUGUACAUAUCAAAUUCAAAGCUUUAAGUAAAAAUUUUAGUCUUCAUUUAUCAAGAAAUCAUGAGAUUUUUGCCCCUGGGUUCAAAAUCGUGGAUGGUGCUGGAAAUAAGCUUGAUUAUGAUUAUUCAAGAUUUUUUCAUGGAAAUGUGGAAGGUUUUCGCCAUGGUCACUGUUUAGGAAUAAUUCAUGAAGGACGUUUUGAGGGAACUAUUCAUGUUGAAAAGGAUGUAUAUCAUGUGGAACCAGCUGAGAGAUAUUUUCAAGACCCAAAAGAUUUCCAUUCAGUCAUAUAUCAUGGUAACGAUGUAGAACACACUGGCAAAUAUGCAGAAGCAGAAACUCCCAAAAGACCAACAACUCUUAAAGGUAGUAGUAUGGUUAAUAAAAAGCCAUUAGAACAUGCAAGUAAAGAACAUGGGAAAAAAAGAUACAGACGUGGUCCGAAAAAUGCACAAAAGAAUACUUGUAAAUUAAAGCUUGUAGCAGACCAUCUUUUUGUACGAAAGUUUGUGCGACGUGAGACUGCAAUUGAUCAAAUGAUACUUCAUUAUCAAGCUGUGGAAUAUAUCUUCAGAAAUCAAACCUUUAACACUACUGAUGAAUAUGACAGUACUUUUUCACCACAAGGUAUUGGUUUUCGUAUUGGUGAAAUCCAUGUGUGGCUAAAAGAAGACACACCGGAAAUGUUACAACAGGAACACAUAACUAUUUACAGAUUAUUAGAACACUUUUCAAAAAUGAAUCAUAGUUCUACCUGCUUGGCCUAUUUGUUUACGGACCGUUCGUUUGAAAAUGGUGUGACUGGUUUGGCAUAUGUAGGAUAUCCCUUUGGACAGCCAGGUGGAAUCUGUGAUCCUUACGCUAAUUAUGCUGGUGAGUGGAAAAGCUACAACACAGGACUUGUAUCAUUCCAAUUAUAUAAUCGUGAAGCACCUCCAGCAAUAACUGAAGUAACAUUUGCUCAUGAGCUUGGUCAUUCUUUUGGAGCACAGCAUGAUCCUGAUACAAAGAAAUGUCAACCAUCUGAUGCAAAAGGUGGAAAGUAUAUCAUGUAUGACAAAACUACACCUGGAUUUCUUCCCAAUAACAGAGCUUUCUCAGACUGUAGCAUAACAAGAAUGAUGCCUGUUCUCACUGCAAAAGGUAUUGAAGAUGGUUGUUUUGAGGAUAAAUUUUGGGUCAUGUGUGGAAAUGGUGCUCAUGAAGAAGGGGAAAUUUGUGAUUGCGGAACAGUGGAAACAUGCAAGGAGAGUUGCUGUACACCAUAUGGAUCUAAAACAGGACAACCUUGUACCUUACGAAGCGAGGCCUAUGAGUGCAGUCCCAGUCGAGGUCCAUGCUGCUUAAACGAAACUUGUACGUUGGCACGAGAAUUUCUUAAGUGUUUUGACGGAACCGACUGUCAAGAAUCUUUAGUAUGUGAUGGUCUAAAGUACACCUGCCCUGAACCGAAAUUUAAAAGAAACUUAACUCUUUGCGACAAAGACAGAAGUGUUUGCAUUAACGGAUAUUGCCAAGGCUCGCUCUGCUUAAAGUAUGGCUAUGAGGGAUGUCUUUGUGAAGAUUCUGAAGACAAAUGUAAAGUUUGUUGCCAGUAUGAAGGAAGCUGCAAAUCGUCGUACGAAAUUCCUGGGAUGCCCAAUGCAACAAUGUCACGUGGUCGCCCGUGUAAUUAUUACAAAGGAUUUUGCAAUUCGCUGGGUGACUGUGAAGACAUAAAUAUGGAUGGUCCUCUGCGACUCCUUUAUUACACAUUCUUUACUGAGGAAGGUAUAAAGAUAUGGUUUAGGCGUUAUUGGUUUGUUGUUUUACUGGGUUCAUUCUUAAUUUUGUGCAUGUUGACCGCAUUUGUUUAUUACUGCCAACAUUUUACACCAUCAAAUAACCCAGCUCUAAAUGCGAAGAAACCUCACAAACCGCUCCGCACGCGUCGUAAACAUGUCGGAGGCUAUCAAACCGGUGGACGACCAAUCCCUAUGGCAACAACGUAUGCUUAAGGUAACUUAAGAAAUCAAAUAUUUGAAACGCUGUUUGAAACUGCGCAAUUUUAUACAUCAUAUAAAGAGGCGUACAGAACAUACACGUUAUGUUCAACGUACGUUUUGUUUGGUGGUUUUGGCAAGAAUACGCAUUGUUAAUACGUAUAUGUCAGAGGUUUUCAUUUCCAUGUCAGCGUCACAUGCACUUUGGAAUUAAUUUUUUUUUCUUAUUUGACUUACAUUUAAACCGAGCAAUUGUUGCGAAGCAUUGUUGUGGCUCACAAGCACGCGUUGUAAAAUAUGUGACGAUAUAUAACCGACAAUAUCGCGGUGAGAUGCAAGCAAGGAUCGAGUGAGCUUGUGGUUUGUCAUUGUUACUCGAAUUUAUUACCUAAAUUUUUCGUCACUCGAUGCUUGCUUGUACUAUUGUGAUGAUAAUAUUUGUAGAAAUUUGAGAUAACGAUUUACUGUUUUUUCCCGAUUAAUUUGGGUUAUGGAAAAGGGAUAUUUUACGGAAUAUUUUUUGGACCGCAAAUUAUGUAAAUGAUCUCCUAUUGAAACCUUCUUCUUUCAAUCCAAUCAGAACCUUGUACGAUAGAAUGUCUAGGUAUACUAAUUUUAGGUGUUUGUCUUGAUCGUCAAUAUUUUUCUAAUCUUUGUAUAUUUUGUAAUUUUUUUAUUUGUUUUCAAUAUAUGUCAAUAAAAAGCAUCACAGUA